CAGAUUCAAUAGUUACAGCUGCCAUCGGUGGGCAGGACAACUUGCAGUGGAGGCCACCAACGAAAUUGAUACAAAAUAAUACACAAAGUAGAAUUUGUCCAUUCUUCCUUCCCAGCAAUCUUUGAUUUUUUGGUUUAGCAAGAAAAAGACUUGAGUUGAGCAUCCGGUUAAAGUUUGUCAAUGAUCACUAAACCAGCAGACCAAGUAGAUUGAGUGGAGCCUCCCUUUCCCUUUGAAGUUUUGUUGCCAAUGAUCGGGAUAGGAUGAAUAGAACCUCUCUCUCUCUCUCUCUCUCUCUCUCUCUCUCUCUCUCUCUAUUGAUGGUUGAGCACUGCAGGUGGAGCAUCAGAUCCUCUUGUUGAGAUUAGAAUUAAUUUAAUUUUAAUUGUCAUCGUUACAGCUGAUGCAAAUUCUUAAAAAAGGUAAGAGACUUCAGCUGAUGCCUUUUCUCUCUUAUGUAUAUUCAAAUUCGUAGAAACCCAGCUGCAAAUGAUCAUCUCUUCUAUUGAUCCUAUUCCUACCCCUCCUUGCGCGUCCCUGAUAGCACACUGUAUCAGAACCCGAAACCUCAGGCUGGGGAAGAUCCUGCACUCAUACCUUAUCAAAACCGCGCUCGCUCUCGACGUCUUCCUGGCCAAUCGUCUCGUAGACAUGUACUCGAAAUGCGAGUCUUUGGGUUGUGCCCAGAAGGCUUUUGAUGAUCUUCCGACCAAAAACACGCAUUCAUGGAACACGAUCAUCUCGGCUUACUCUCAGAUGGGGCGUUUUGAUAGAGCACACCACUUGUUUGAUGAGAUGCCUGAGCCAAACCUUGUUAGCUACAAUUCGUUGAUUUCUAGUCUAAGCCACCAUGGGUUUUACAAGGAAUCAAUAGCUGUCUUCAGAAGACUGCAGAACGAGUAUAAUGGGGUGGUUAUGGAUGAGUUCACGGUGGUUAGUGCAGUGGGCAGUUGUGCAUGUUUGGGUGCAUUGCAGUUAUUGCGCCAAGUUCAUGGAGUUGCUUUGGUGAUUGGUGUGAGAUUUAAUGUUGCAGUAUAUAAUGCUUUGAUUGAUGCUUAUGGGAAAUGUGGGAUUCCUGAUAACUCGUUUUUUAUUUUUAGUCAGAUGGUGGAAAGGGAUGUUGUGUCUUGGACUUGCAUGCUUGUCGCUUAUGCCCGGGCAUCAAGAUUGGCAGAUGCUUGUAGGGUUUUUGAUCAAAUGCCCGUCAAGAGCACGGUUACUUGGACUGCUUUGAUUGCAGGGUUUGCCCAAAAUGGGCAUCCUGAUGAAGCCCUAGAUCUCUUCAGCCAAAUGCAGGAAGAAAGUAUCCAGCCUAAUGCUUUUACGUAUGUUAGUGUUCUGAGUGCUUGCGCAGAUGUUGCAUUUCUUGACAGAGGGAAACAGCUUCAUGGAUUCAUUAUUAGGAGUAAUAGUGGUGGAGACAAGUUUAAUUUGUAUCUAUUCAAUGCUUUAAUUGACAUGUACUGCAAGUGUGGAGACAUGAAAUCUGCUUGGACAUUAUUCAAGGGGAUGCCCAGAAAGGAUAUUGUUUCUUGGAACUCCCUAAUAACUGGAUUUGCUCAAAACAAGAAUGGCCGUGAAUCACUUGUCCUAUUCAAGAAGAUGGUAGAAGCAGGAAUAAAACCUAAUCAUGUCACAUUUCUUGGCGUGUUAUCUGCCUGUAGUCACGCAGGUCUGGUAGAUGAAGGACUCCAAGUUUUGGAAUCGAUGGAAAGGUAUUAUACUAUAAGCCCAAGAUCAGAUCACUACACUAUGUUGAUUGAUUUGCUUGGAAGGAAAAACAGACUUGAGGAGGCAACGGAGCUAAUAGAGAGAGCUCCAAAAGGAUUGAAUCAGGUUGGGAUGUGGGGUGCGCUUUUGAGUGCCUGUCAGAUCCAUGGCAAUUUGGAUCUUGCUUGUAGGGCAGGCGCAACUUUGUUGGAGUUGGAACCUAAAAACGCUGGAAGACAUGUUAUGCUGUCUAACAUAUAUGUCGCUGCAGGAAAAUGGGAUGAUGCUCGGAAAGUGAGAGUGCUAAUGGAGACGAAGGGUUUGACUAAGGAAGCUGGUAAUAGUUGGAUUGAGGUGAGGAGUACGAGACACCACUUUGUCACCAAAGACAGGUUCCAUUACAGGAUAGGGGAGAUAUAUGAGUUACUUCACAAACUAGCAGAUCAGAUGAAGGGUGCUGGAUAUCUUCAUGACAUUGUAUUUUCUCCUGAAGAUGUUGUAAUAUCCUGAUCUUAUUGGAUGUACAAAUUUGCAAUUGCAAGGGGAUCUGCUCAAACAUACUUGAAAUCAUUUACUGGGAAACGCAAUUGGAAUGCUAUUAGAAAGCUUAUGAGAAAUCAAGUCCUUUUAACUA